AUGUCCUCCUGUAACAAUCUUUCCGUUAAUGCUUUUUUUUGUUGUUGUUUGUUUUUCUUGUCUCCAGCCUCCUUUUCCUACCACAUGGAGGACUUCAUUAAGGCCGUGAAGCAGGUGGAGGAUGAGCAGCCUGGGCUGGGGCCGGCGGCUGUGUUAAAGAGGCUGCGCAGAGCAGCUGGACUUACUGAUGUUUUCGUUAAGUAUUUCCUCGGAGACGCCGACCCCGGCGGUCCAGAAAUGGACACUGACCUUUCGGAUUACAUCCGAAAGGCCGUGAAUCACCGAAUUCUGGAGGACAACAGGGAGGAAGGUGUUGUCCUGACCCCCGACGGCACCACCGUGGCCCUCGGACCCCUCCUGCUGGGCAUAGAGGCCGGUUUCGCCUCCAAGCCUCGGGGCCGAGUUCGAGGCCUCUAUCAGCUCACUCUGGCCAAAGCCCUCGGCCUCUCUGUCCGGCGGAGCUCUCCGGACGCGCGGCGUUUCGGACCCGACGGCUGCUGGGACAGCCUGACCUCUCCCCGGGUCUUCACCCUGUCGGACACUCCCUCCCCCCUCACCACGGCCCAGGUCAACGGCGGCAUGGACGGCGCCGUGCUGGGGAUGGAGGUUUUUGACCAGACCGGACGUCCGGAGAAGAGGCUCAGCGCCCUGCUGACCGGCUACUACUGCCAGCGGCUGGGGCCCCGGGGGCUGGACGACGCCCCGCGCCUCAUCAGCCGACGCCGCCGGGAAAACUUCAGAGGGAUGGCGGCGCCCCCGGCCCUGGCCAGGCAGGUGGUGUGGUCAGCGGAGCUGGAGGAGACGCUGGCCGGACGCUCGAAGACGGAGGCGAGGAAGAACAAGAAGAAGAAGCAGCUGAUGGCUGCGAUGAAGGAGGAAAUGAAAGAAUUCGUCCAUAUGUACAUGGAUUGCCCACCCAUCAUUCCCCGGUGCAUGUGGGGUGCAGAACCAUACAGGGGGACCCCCACCAACCUGUCCCUGCCUCUGGUCUUCAUGUUCAUCCAUCACACGCACUCCCCGGGCGAGCCGUGUUUGACUUUCCAGCAGUGCGCGGCGGACAUGCGCUCCAUGCAGCGCUUCCACCAGGAGGACAGGGGCUGGGACGACAUCGGGUACAGCUUUGUGGCCGGAGGCGAGGGCCACAUCUACGAGGGCCGGGGGUGGCACCGGCAGGGGGCCCACACCCUGGGCCAGAACUCCAGGGGCUACGGGGUCUCCUUCAUCGGGGACUACGCCGCCCGCCUGCCCUCGCAGCACUCCAUGGGGCUGGUCAGGGACCGGCUGGCGUCCUGCGCGGUCAACGGCGGGCGGCUGGCGCCGUCCUUCACGCUGAAGGGCCACCGGCAGGUGGUGAGCACCACCUGUCCGGGAGACGCCCUCUACGAGGAGAUCAGAGGCUGGGAGCGCUUCGAGGUACCGUACGCUAUCUGGGAACAGGGAGGAGAGGAUGAACUGUUAGGAGGAAUAGAGCUUUAA